CUCCAACGGUCAAAAGCACAAGACAAAGAGCGAUCCAAUGUCGGUUCCUAACGUUCAUUCCUCCGUUCCCUCUGACUCAUAUCAUAACGGUCACAUUUGCACCCUUCACUAUCACGUGCACACACACACACACUCUCAUCCAACGCUUUCUGGGUCUCAACGCACUCGUCUCUCUCAUCAAUGGAACCCGCGAAAAUUGAUUGGAAGAGACUCGAGUGGAGCUUCGUGGAAGACGAACUCUACGAAAACAUCAACGCACCCAAGUGGGUUGACUUCUUGUCCCUUGACCACUCCCUCAAUGAUCAUGCUGAUGAAGCUUGGUUCUGCAAACCUGAUUGCAAACAUCCCAAGACAGCGGAGGAUUUUCUAAGAUCAGCAACUCCUUCCAAGAAGGGUUUCAGCCCAGGUUAUCUUUCAGAAAAUCUUUCAUGUGGUGGCAAAAAUAGAAGAGAUGUGAAAAUCAAGAGAAGGGUGCCUGCACUAUCAUCAGCUUCAGCCCAAGCUGAUAAAUUCAGAUUCAACCACGACAGUGAAAACCAAAACCCGAAUUUGUUUUCUCCUCCUACUAAAGUAAACCUCGGGAAGGAAGCAAUUAAGUCUAGUGAAGAGAAGAAGAAAGUGGUUGAUGACACAUUCGAGGAUCACAAGGUACCUUCAUUGAGGUCAACUCUAUCUGCCAGGAAUUUGUUUGCGGGGAGGCCUAUUCUGAAUCAAAUCACGGAAUUCUGCAAUGAGUUGAAGAAAUUGGCAAUAAGAGCAAGGGAGAGAGAAAAUGAUGAAAAAUUGAGCCUCAAAGAGAGUGAAGAGGUAGUGGAGAAGAACCCUUGUUCUGUUCAAGCCUUGGCAGAGUCAGAUAAAAAAGAGAAAGAAAGGAAGCCACUGCUUGAAGUGAGUAGUAAGGCUGAAAAAUUGGAGGGAAUGUGUGUUAAAGUGAAGCAACAGAGAAAAAUAAGACAUGAUGAGUCGGAGAACAUGCCUACUCUUGACUUGGAGAAUCUGAAGCACAAGAGGGAGGAGAGCUUACAACAAAUUCGAACAAAUCCUCCCUCUCCUCAGUGCUUUUCUGCCGCACGUGCAUUCAACAAAAAUACCCCCACAAAGGGUUCCAAAUCCAGGCUAAUGGAUAGAGGAAUACUUGAACAAAUUGAACAAAACAAGGAAACUGUGAAGGAGCCUCCUGCAGAGAAAAGCAGAAGCACUGCAAUAGUUGAUGGUAGAGAAACAAAAGCCUUGGACAUGUUUUGGUUCCUGAAGCCUUGCACACUCUCAGGUUGAAUCUAUUGAAAACUGGGCCAAAUACAUUAUUUCAUUCUUUCAUUUGUUUUUAAUAUUAGUAAUUUUUAAUGAAGCCCUCAUAAAACAACACUGUUUUAUAUAUAGCCAUUCUUUAUAACUGUAGCUAUUUUUUUUUAAUUUAUUUGUUGUCUUAUGUUCUCCUGUAUUCUUGUUUGUACCGUUGAUACAAGAAUAGGAAUCUGACGAUUCAAAAUACACCUGUACUGGAACAAUGAUUCUGUUAAUAAAUUGUUAUCUUUCUUGCCUGUGA